GCAGCGCCGGCACAUGGAGCGGCGCCAGCCGCGCCGUCACAGCUGCCGUAGCAGAUAACUUGAGGAAAAUGGAAACAGAUGAGGCUCAAGAUAUGUCCCAAGUUUCAGGAAAGGAAAGUCCUCCAACUAGUGAUGUCCCUGAUGAUCCAGAUGAACCUAUGCCUAUACCAGAGGACCUUUCAACUAGUACUGGAGGUCAGCAGAGUUCUAAGAAUGACAGAAUCUUGGCUGCCUAUUUCUCUGUCCUUCGAAAGCCACCUUCUACGUCCAGUUUCCCAGGAGCUGCAUACGAGGCGGAAGGCUUUAGGGACUUUCAUGCAAUAAUUCCCAAAUCCUUUUCCACCGGUAAUAUUAAAAUAGAGACUCAGAGUGAUGAAGAGAAUGGGCGUGCCUGUGAAAUGAAUGGGGAAGAAUGUGCAGAGGAUUUACGAAUGCUUGAUGCCGCAGGAGAGAAAAUGAAUGGCUCACACAAUGGCCCAGGCAGCAAGGCUUUGUCAGGAGUUGGAGGCAUUCGACUUCCUAACGGAAAGCUAAAAUGUGAUAUCUGUGGGAUAAUUUGCAUCGGUCCCAAUGUGCUCAUGGUUCACAAACGAAGCCACACUGGAGAACGCCCUUUCCAGUGCAAUCAGUGUGGAGCCUCCUUUACCCAGAAGGGCAACCUCCUGCGCCACAUAAAGCUGCACUCAGGUGAAAAGCCCUUCAAGUGUCACCUGUGUAACUACGCUUGCCGCCGCAGGGAUGCCCUCACGGGACACCUGAGGACUCACUCAGUUGGCAAACCCCAUAAGUGUGGAUACUGUGGUCGCAGUUACAAGCAGCGCAGCUCUUUGGAAGAACAUAAAGAACGCUGCCAUAACUACCUUCAAAACAUGAAUCACUCAAGCAGCAUCUAUCCAGUCAUAAAAGACGAAAGUAACCAGAGUGAAAUGGCUGAAGACCUGUGCAAGAUAGGGUCAGAGAGAGCCCUCGUGCUGGAUAGACUAGCAAGUAACGUCGCCAAACGUAAGAGCUCUAUGCCUCAGAAAUUUGUUGGUGACAAAUGUUUGCCCGAUCUUCCUUACGAUGCCAGCCUCAGCUACGAGAAGGAGAACGAACUCAUGCAGACGCACGUGAUCGACCAGGCCAUCAACAAUGCCAUCAGUUACCUGGGGGCAGAGUCCCUGCGUCCCCUCAUUCAGACACCGCCGGGUGGCUCUGAGGUGGUGCCUGUCAUCAGCCCCAUGUAUCAGCUCCACAAACCUCUCGGGGACAAUCAGAUUCGCUCCAACCUCCCUCAGGACAGUGCAGUGGAAAACUUGUUGCUGCUUUCCAAAGCCAAGUCUGUCUCCUCUGAACGAGAUGUCUCUCCCAGCAACAGCUGCCAAGACUCAACAGAUACAGAGAGCAAUAAUGAGGAGCGCAGUGGUUUGAUCUACCUGACAAACCACAUAGGUGCCCAUGCAAGAAAUGGCAUCUCUAUAAAGGAAGAAAACAGGCAAUACGAUGUCUUGAGAGCGGGUACUGACAAUUCCCAGGAUGCUUUCAAAGUGAUCAGCAGUAAUGGGGAGCAAGUAAGGGUUUACAAGUGUGAACACUGUCGAGUCCUUUUCUUGGAUCAUGUGAUGUAUACGAUCCACAUGGGCUGCCACGGGUUCCGUGAUCCUUUUGAAUGCAACAUGUGUGGCUACCACAGUCAGGACAGGUACGAAUUCUCUUCCCACAUAACUCGAGGGGAGCACCGUUUCCACAUGGGUUAAAACACUGGCACAGAUCAAGCCUCAACAGCUGCAUUACUGGAGCUGCAUGAGCCAUGACAGCAACAAAGCAAAAGUCAGCUGGACAGUAAAAGUCACAUGAGAAUCAGAAGUUCAGCAAUGUUUGCCCACAAGAACAGGGAUUUUGUUUUGGUACCAUGCAUCACAACUCAGUUUUCUAAAAUGAGUUUUUACUGAAAAUGUUUGAUCACCAAAAACUUUUAGUAAGUAGAGCUUUUGUAGUCACAUAGCUGAAAGCCCUUCCCUAAAAUGAUGCUUCUUGCAAGCCUCCCUUGCCAGAACUCUUAACCACGUGCAGAAUGCUCCACAUGACCAGGACACAACAGGCAGCAGUGGCCAGGCUUUCUCUCUUAACACCCUGAGCAUAGGGCUCUUCUACAAAAUGUGUGGUUUUUUGAUUUUGGUAUUAUUUGACUCUUUCGAGAAUAUUGAACUCAACUAAACAUGGAGGGACCCAUCUCAGAUAACUUUAUGGACAGCUGGGGUGGGAUGGGGCCUCCCCCAGCCAGAAGGUUCUGAGUUGCUUUGGUGGUAAGAAGUAGAACAUUUCCGCCUGCAAGGAUGCUACUGGUAUUGAUAGCACAACGUGCCUUGUUUGUGUCACCAGGCAGGAGAACAGGAAUGCAAAAGAUAGAAGAAACACCCUUGUAAUAUAUUCUGUGAAGUGUGAAUUGCAUUUAAUGUAUAGAAAAAGGGUAUUGUCGGCUCUUCGAAUAAAUAUUUUCUCUUCCUAUCCAAUAAACACCCACCUCUUUUAAGCAACCCCUCCUUUCUCUGCAUAUAAAAGUUACAAUGUAUUUAAUGUUUCUUUCUCUUUAAAGCUUUAGUUAUUUAGAAAAGUAUGACGUACAGUUGAGAAAGUAGAUAGGUAUAUGUGUGGGGAGUCUCCUUAAGCACAUUUUUCAUCUCUUCAAACUGUCUGAAAAAUAUCCAAAUGUCCCUCUUUUAGAUAUAAAAAAAUCCCAUUUUGCUUACACAGAAGAUGUUCUCUUGUGAAUUUUGUGGCUCUAGUCAUAAGUGUUGCACUUGAUUAUUUUUAAAGCACUGAGGUGAAUUAAAUCAGCCAGUCAAAAUUUGCAGCCGUCUUCUUUUUUUCCUGGCAUUUGCCAUUUAAUGAGGGACCACGGCCCACAAAGGCGUGGAGAGCCUUCCUAUCCAACCAGUCAUUUUCACUAAGUGCUUUGAGUCAGCUUUACUUUUGUGGAACUAAUCUUAAGACAUAAAAAAUGUUGGGUUUUACAGAAUGGAGACCAGAGGCUACAACACUUUGCAGAGUGCAGAAAAGUCCACCAAAAUCUUUCUCCAUGGUGGGUUCUGCUGCAGGUACCGUAGCUUCAGUUAGAAUGCAAACUUCUAUGAUAAAUAGAUUUUAGUUCCAAACACAUGUGAUUAAAAAAUCUCUUUUUUAAGCUUCUGCUUAGCUUCCUCUUCCAAAUAUUUCAUUUUUCUCCCUGAACACCCUCAUGCUCUAAGACUGGGCAAAAAUAAAAUUUUUGCAGCUGCAUAAAAAUCUGUCAUUGUUGCUGUACUGUUGUCCUGGACAACAUUCAUUAAAAUAACCCAUCUUAUUAGCUUAAUAUAGAAAUACUUCCACUCUGCAUAAGGAAUGGGUAUUUUGCAGAAAACACAGUCAAAUACCCAACAAGACUAGAAGUCUUGUCAUACAUUUAUACAUUUUCCAUUCACAAGUGCAUACAAGCAUAUGUAUUUACUAUAAAACAGAUUUGAUGGGACCAUGAACUGCUUGUACUUGGGCCAGCGUGGCCUGAUAUUACAUUUGCAGCUAUAUUUGAUAAACAUUUCCUAUACACACAUAUUAUUACAGGCAUGCCGAGUUCCUUCUUCUGCUUUCACUUUUGCAGGUGUAGGUCAGGAGCGACAACACUGAAGCUGAGGAAGGACACUGAUGAAAAAAUGAACCACAAAUGUGUGCUUGUACAAGCAACCUCAAACCUUAGCUUGAGGUUCAUGCCAGUUGUGAGGCUCUUGCUUCACUGGACACGUGGGCAUGGUGGUGUUUUCACACUGAACACGCAGGACAGCCUGACAAUGCGGUGGCUUUGUCAGCAGAGAUGAAUGCUGUGUAGGAAUGCCCACAGACCAGUGCACAAAUCCACAGCAGGGAAAGCACAUUACUAGUGCAAGUUAACCCCAAAAAUGAGCAGCGUGAACUACAGACCCCAAGGUGAUCACCCCUAUUCCCACAUUAGAAUUUGGUUGCCUUGAGGGACUUUAUUGAUGCCCUCUACUCCAGCGUUAUAACUCAGCUGAGCUGUUAUUGCUUGUUACCUUCCAGCCCAAGAGGCUGCGUGAGGGGUAGGCACAAGGAAUCCCUGGCCACUGUCAUGCACCAGCCAUGGUCUCAUCAUCAAUGCCUGCUACACUUCAUCUUCAAGACAGAUUGUACCUGGCAACAUGCUGUUACCAAAUAUUUUGUACAGGAAUGAUCUGAAAAGGACUUUGCAGGGGGUAACUUAUAUGGAUGAGUUUCCUUUAAUUUUUUACAUUUAAGUACAAUUGAAAUGGGUUCAUUUUUCAUAGCUGGUAGGGAUAUAUUCAGCUGUUCUUACCCCUCUCCUAUAUUGAUUGAUGCCAAAUGAGAGGGGACAAAGUAAUUUCCAAGCCCUGCUGCAAUGUCCUGCGUGAGACCAGACACUGACUUUACAAAAUGUUCUGCUUUUAAUGCUCUUAGAGCUCCUUCCUGUUCUUCAUAGGUUUAGGUCACUAUGUACCCCAUGUUAUAAUUUUUUCCAUUCUUAAUGUUAAGGCUCCCCCAGCUAUACAGAGGAGGGGGACAACAGUUCACUCAGGUGGUUUUGUUUCUUUGCUUUUACCAAACACCGACGCAAAUAAAACCACAUUCAUGAGCCGUGUAAACAAGCACAGCUCCAGCUCCAGAGUUCCAGUGUGCCUCAAAGACAGUUUUGAAAGGUGAAUUCUGAUUCGUGGGUAGGUUUGCUACCUUCACCACAUCUCUGUGCACACACAAAUGUCUGAGUCCCUGUGUCUCUCCUCUUGUUGACAUGCACAUGCCCUCUCUGCGGCUUUGUGUAUCAUUAAUAUUUUAUAUACAUUUGUAUGUGUAUAUAUAUCUAAAAUGGUUGGUAUGACAUUGAUGAUGCACUGUCACUCACAGUGGGUUUGUUUCCUGGCUCUGGAGUUUUCUUAUUUAUACUAUAACAGAAUAUGUUGGUGUUGUAUAAUAAACAGUACAGUAGUAUAAGUAAGUAUAUUAAGACACAGUGUUUCGGGGCAUAGUCCAAAGGCAAAACAAAUGGCAUUCUCUGUUCACUAAAGGGCUUUUUUAGGUUUCCUUUUUUCCAGUGUUUUUUUUCUCUUUUGCACAAAAUCAUCUUCAAUUUGUUUGGAAACAAGUGGUUCAGUAAUUUUAUUUAUGAACAUAUGCAAGGAUGGCAUGAAAAUAGAAUGUUGUGUCUGUGUGCAUUGAAACAAACUGUGCCCUCAGAAAAGUUUAGUGUAAUCUUCUUUUUUCUUUUUUUGCUAUGGUGCAAUACCCUGAAACGGCUUAGCUGACCUUUAAAAGGAGUAAAUAUGUGAGUGGUUUUAAGUUUAUAUCUGUUUUUAAAAAGUAAAAAAAAUAAUUGCUUCCCAUUCCUUCCCCAGGCACUGUCUUUUCUAAUAGAAAAAGUUGUAUUUACACUUUUUUUUGCUGUGGUUUUAUAUUGUAACUUCAUUUCCUUUGAGAAUAUUGUAUUUAAAAAAAAAAGCAAUUUCAUAAAAUUUGGAAAUGUUAUUAAAUUAUGUCUGCAAACUGA